AUCUGUAUGCAUAUGACUGUCAGUAUGGAUGAAUUACUCAGGAAUGGAAGUCAGCUGUUUAAAGCUGCAAGGAUGAAUGAUUUUUUAACUAUGCAAGCUCUCCUGCAGAAGGGAGAUAUUGAUUCUUUUGUGAGAGGGGGAUGUGGAGAGACUAUUCUACAUGCAGCCUUACUUAGUGGCAGUAAAGAAGUCGUUGAAGUCAUUUUAGAUGAGGUGCCCUCUUUAAUUAAUGAACCAGUGGCAUCAAACAUAUAUAGAGGUGAGACUGCGACACACAUAUCCGUCCUCACGCAAGACCACGUGGAUGUGAAAGAAUUCCUCAGGUGUGGUGCUAAUGUUACAGAGCUACAAGCUUCAGAAGCUUGGUUUAUUCCUGGAAAGGAAUCAAAGUUUUACUUUGGAGAGUAUCCGUUAUCUUUUGCAGCAUGUUUUGGGCAUGAAGCAAUUUUAAGACUUUUAAUGGAGCACAAUGCUCCUUUGGAAGCCCAGGACUCUUUAGGAAAUACAGUGCUACAUGUGCUGGUGUUGCAGCCCAACAAAGAACUUGCUCAUCGUAUGUACAACCUGAUCGUGAACCUCGUUCCCGAAAAACACUGCCGCUUUGUCGAAAGCCUCCAAAACAGUGAUGGUUUCACUCCACUGAAGCUUGCAGCUCAUGAAGGCAAUCUGGAUAUGUUCAAUUAUCUUGUUCAAAGACAAAAAAAUAUUUACUGGACAAUGGGAACUAUAUCAUACUGUACCUAUGAUCUAACCUGCAUUGACAGCUGGGAAGACCAGAGCUCUGUACUAGAUAUUAUCACUUCCAGUAAAAAUCAGCAGGUUCGGAAGCUUAUUGAUGCCACACCAAUCAAGGAACUGUUAAAUGAGAAAUGGAAAUGUUUUGGGUACAGACACUUUCUGGUUUGGCUCUGCAGUUAUAUCCUCUAUAUUGUGAUAUUUACCUUGAGCUGUUUAUACCGACCCUUGCAAAUGAUUCCCCCAGGAGAGGGAAAUAACAUCACUGCAAUGAUGCACAAAUCCCUGAAGGAAUCAUACGUCACAAAGGAUGACUUCUUAAGACUUGUGGGAGAGCUAAUAACAAUUCUUGGAGCAAUUGGUAUACUCAUUAAUGAGCUACCUUAUCUGUGCAGAAUAGGACCGAGAAAUUACAUUGGCAACGCAGCAAUAGGAGGACCUUUCUCCUUACUCAUGAUGGCGUAUUCCAUUUUAAUUUUUGUGGCAGCUAUAUUACGAGUUCUUGGAUGCAGCUGGGAAACUAUUCCUCUCUCCAUUGCUCUGAUUAUCGGAUGGUGCAAUUUAAUCUAUUUUGCCAGAGGAUUUAAAAUGCUGGGGCAGUUUUCAAUUAUGAUUCAAAAGAUCAUUUUUGGAGACCUUUUACCGUGGUGUUUCUUGCUGUUCCUCAUAAUGAUUGGUUUCUCCUCUGCAUUUUACAUCCUGUUCCAGACACUGGAUCUAAGAACCUACUCAGCUUUUAAAAACUAUCCGGAUACGCUAUACACUUCAGUUGAAUUGAUGAUGGGUUUGAUAGCUUUUCCAGUGCCUGUGGAUGUACCGCCACCUCCCAUGAUCUACAUUAUUUAUAUUUUCUAUAUGGUAUUUGCCUACCUGCUAAUGCUAAACUUGCUGAUUGCAAUGAUAGAUGAUACCUACUGGAGAGUAGCACAAGAAAGACAAGAACUGUGGAAAGUACAGGUUGCUGCGACCAUCCUUGUACUAGAGAGGCGAGCACCUAGAUGCUUUAAAACUCGAUCGGGGAUUCCUGGGAAUGCUCUUGGGUAUGAUGACAAUAAGUGGUAUCUUGGGGUGGAAGAAAUUUCUAAUGAACAGGACCCGCAAAAAUCCCUGCAGCUGGAAUGAUAGCACAACGAUCUGUUAUUUGUUGGGAUGUAGUCAGAAAAAACAUUGCAAGAAUCCUGAAUUUGAAAGAGCUCUCUGA